AUGUCUCUCUCGCUUAUUCUCUUUGCAUCGGCGUUUGGCUUAGCCUUGGCGCAAAACAACUAUCCAAACCAAUCUGCACCUUUCAACCUCGUCCUGUCAAGCGAUAACAGCACCCUGAAUGGCCUUAAGCUCACCGCUUGUCACUCUGGAGCUGCCGUCGAGUCAUUCUGUCUCGACGUUACCGUUGCAGAACCCCAGUUCCAGACGUUCUUCUUCAAUGGCUCAGCUGAAGCGCCUCAGGACCCUAACUACCUGCCUUCCGGCCUGAUAACAUGGACUUUCACCGGUGGUCAGCCGACUUUUACUGAGAGCACGGCAAUGACACUCAUGUAUAACCCUGCUUCCAACCUCGCAUUUCCGCUCAUCUGGCCCAGCAGUGACACUGCUCAGCCUGUUUCGUUCACCGAAGAUGAGCUUCUGGCCGUGGCGGCCAACAUCGAUGAUGCGAUCUCGCCGCCCCAACCGUUUGAGAACUAUAUCACCUAUUUGACCGAUCGCUGGGCUGUGUGCACGACGUAUUGGCAGGGGUACGGAUAUGUUGCACUUCAGUAUAUACUGGGGAAGGAAGAGCCGCAGAAUCCCAGCUGUCAACGGGUGACGGUGAAGAGAGUCUUUUUGGAGUCGUGA